AUGUUUCCUGAUCUUCGUGGGCCUUUUCCCCAUUUGGAUCCUUGUGGAGACCACGUGGUUCGGACAGAGCGCGCCAUUGGCCUCAUCUUCCCCGAGGUCCUCCCCGCGGCCCCCUCCCCCUCCGCGUCCGCCGCCAUCGCUUCCCCGCCCCUCUCCGCGCGCCCCUCCUCCGCCUAUCAACCCCUCCGGGUGCACCCAACCGAGCCAGCUGCAGCCUCGGCAGUAGGUCCGGCAGCAGGUCCGGCAGUAGUUCCGGAGGUCAAGGCUUCAAAAACCUUCGGAACCUUCCAGGAAGAUGACGAUGCUGGUUCGGAGAGCGGAGAGGCCGUAUAUCCAUGCACACUGGAAGAGGAGAAAGCAGGAACAGCAGUGGAGGAAAACAGCGCCACUAGUGCUGCUGGCGACGGUGCGGACGGUUCCGCUGCGGCUGGUGCUGAUUCGGUUGCUGAUGAUGCUGAUGCAGAUGCGGCAGACGCGGCGGCGGCUGUGGUGGGCUGUGGGAGAAUGGGUUCGUGGGGCAGGAGAAAGAAGCCCGAGGUGCGAUUCAUGUCGCACUGUAGGGAACCCAUCCGCGCCAUUCUGCACCCCUUCAUCCUCUACGUCUGGGGCCACAUCAUAGGGUGUCUGACGAGCCUCGCGAUGCGUUAUCUGGGCUUCACAAAGCACUUCACAGCGGACGGGUUCAAGUACUGGGUCAGGGAGCCCCGCCGCGCCUCCUUCUCCUCCACCGCUUUCACCAUGAUCAACAGACUUUCCGCUGCUUCUGCUGACGCUCACACCAACGCCGAAAGGAGUGCUGACGGGAUUGGCAGCAGGAACAGCAAUAACAGCAGGGAGAGCACGGAUAGCGACAGCAGCAGCAGGGGCAUGAGCUUUGGGUGCAGCGGCGGCAGUUUUCGCAGCAGCAGCAGCAGGGACAGCACCAGCAGCAGCGGUAGCAGGGAGGGUGGUGGAGUGCCGUACCCUGCAUAUUCGAGUGUAGCUGGUGGGAGUGUAGAUUAUAGCGAGGAUGAGGAGGAAGGGGUGGUGUUUGUGCAUGGGCUUGGGAUUGGCCUCACUCCUUACCUCGGGUUUAUCGGCAUGAUGAAGAGGACAUACCCUAACAAGAAAUUCAUUGUGGCGGAAAUGCCUCAUCUCGCCUUCCGUCUCUCCUCUGCCUCUCCAACCAUAGACGAUAUCGUGGCGGGGCUAGCAGAGGCUCUUCAGGCGCAGGGCCUCAAGAGAGCGACGUUUGUCGGCCACUCCUACGGCACCUUCGUGCUCGCACAGAGGCACUUCAAGCACAGGGGCUCAAGAGGGCCACGUGUUGGCCACUCCUAUGGCACCUUCGUGCUCGCACAGGUGAUUAUAACGAGCGGCAAGAAGGUUACUGUAACGACUGUUGAGCAGGUGACUAUAACGAGUGGAGAGGAGGUGGCUGUAACGAGCUGGUGUGACUGGGUGUUUGAAACGAGAAUGGAUGCACCCUGGGUGCUGCACCUUCCCAUGCCAGUCCUCUCCUGUUUUUGUGUUGAGACGUCUCAUGCCUAA